AUGGCUGACGCUGCUAUCAGUGCUACUGUUAAAGUCCUCUUGGGGACAGUUACUUCCAUUGCUGCGGACCGCAUUGGUAUGGUUCGGGAGGUCGAAGCGGAGUUGGAGAGACUAAGCAAUACUGCUGCAAUGAUCCAAGGUUUCCUGGCUGAUGCUGACGGGAAAAUGCAUAGCCAAGGGGUGCGAGAGUGGCUCAAGCAGCUAGAGGAUGAGGUUUUUAAAGCUGAUACCGUGCUGGACGAGCUCCACUACGACAAUCUUCGUCGGGAGGUGAAGUACCGAAAUCAACUCAUCAAGAAGAAGGUAUGCUUCAUCUUCUCCUCCUUUAAUGCAAUUGGUUUUAGUUCCAGCUUGGCUUCAAAGAUCCGAGACAUCAACACCAGCCUAGAGAGGAUCAACCAGCAGGCAAAUGUCUUGCAAUUGGCCAGAAAGCAGCAAAAAGAAGCUGAUGCGGCUGGUGCCACGGCAAGCAGACAGACCGACUCUAUUGUCGUUCCGAACGUUGUAGGAAGAGCUGGCGAUGAGUCAAAGAUAGUGGAGAUGCUGUUGACCCCAUCUGAAAAGGUUCUUUCUGUUAUUCCCAUAACAGGCUCGGGAGGUUUGGGAAAGACAACUCUGGCGAAAUCAGUCUACAAUAAUCCAAAAAUAGAUGGGCACUUUGGCCAAAAAAUUUGGGUUUGUGUGGCUAAAGAACAAAUUAAGAUAAUGGAGCUGUUCAAGCUCAUUUUGGUACAAUUGACACGAAAAGAAGUUAAAGUGGAUGACAGAGAUGUUAUCGUUAAAGAAAUUGGAGAAAAGCUGAAGGGACAAAAAUAUUUCCUUGUUCUUGAUGAUGUGUGGGAUCAUGAACAAGGAUUGUGGGAUGACUAUUUCAACACUUUGAUGGGACUCAAUGAAACCAAAGGAAGCUGGUGUCUUCUCACUACUCGUCUAGAAUCAGUGGCUAAUGCUGUGCCUAGACAUUUGCAAAUGAAUGAUGGUCCUUAUUCCCUAGGAAAGCUAUCAGACGAUGAGUGCUGGUCUAUGAUAAAAAGAAAGGUACUCGCAGGGGAAGAAGUACCAAAAGAAUUGGAAGCAAUACAAGAGCAAAUUUUAAGGAGAUGUGAUGGUCUACCAUUGGCGGCAAGUUUGAUUGGUGGCUUGUUGCUUAACAACGGAAAAGAGAAGUGGCACUGCAUUGUGCAGAAGAGUCUCUUGAAUGAAGAUCAAAGUGAGAUCAAUCAAAUACUUAAGGUGAGCUUUGAUCAUUUAUCACCUCCAUCAGUUAAGAAGUGUUUUGCAUAUUGCUCGAUUUUUUCCCAGGACACUGAAUUAGGAGAAGAUGAACUAAUUGAGCACUGGGUUGCUGAAGGUUUUGUUCUACCAGAUCGGGAAAACACAGGAAUGAUGGAGGAAAGAGGAGGCGAGUAUUUAAGGAUUUUGUUACAAAGUUCCUUACUAGAAAAAGUCGCAGAUGAGGGGAGCACAUAUUAUAAAAUGCAUGAUCUCGUGCAUGAUUUUGCAAAAUCAGUUCUCAAUCCUAAAAGCAGCAGCCAGGAUCGCUACCUUGCAUUACACUCAUAUGAAGAAAUGGCAGAAAAUGUCAGAAGGAAUAAACCAGCAUCAAUCCGCUCGUUAUUUCUCCAUCUAGAGGGUGGCAUGUCUGCUGACAUGAACAUGUUAUCAAGAUUCAAGCACUUGCAUGUUCUCAAAUUGUCUGGAUUUGGUGUCAUACACUAG